CCCAUAACAAAAAAUGAAACGGUUUGAAUUCCAAUAGCAUCAAAAUCGAAGCCCUAAAACCGAAACUGCCAACACAUUCCGACCCGAUUCGAAACGAUGGAGCACUGAAAACCCUCGAAGCCUUCACCACCACCAUGGCGAUCAUGACGCGGAAGCGCCGUCGUAUGAUCGACGACGCGGCAUCGGCAUCGGCAUCGACGGCGAGCGUCGUCCUGCCGGAGGAACUGAUGAUCGAAAUCCUGUCUAGGGUUGAGGUGAGCAAUCCAUUGCAAUUCCGGUGCGUGUGCAAGUUGUGGAAAUCGCUGGUGGUUGAUCCUCAAUUUGUCAAGAAUCACCUCCAUAGAUCGUUCACCGACAUCACCGAUCUCGCAUCCAAAGCCAUGGAUGACAUGAACGCGUUCGAGUCGCAGCUAAAUUACAAUUAUGCCCCUGUUCCGCCGCCACAACAACCACCGCAGAACGAUGAAGAAGAAGAGGAGGAAGAAGACGAAGAAGAAGAAGAAGAGAGGAAUUCUUUCUCAAACGAGGUGGCUCAGUUGGAUAAUCUCUUGCUGGUUGUUCGUUCUCUGAAAGGAAGCUUGGAAACAAUCAAGGUCGAUGUUCAAGCCAUCAAGGAGAGAAUGAAGUGCCUUCAAAGCUUUCUGCUAAUUUAUCUCAAGACAGCAAAGGCUUCUUCUUCUUCUGUUUCUGCUUCAGCUUCAUCCUCUCACUUUCUCUGAUCUGAUGAGGUUCAGUUUUUCUUUUUCUUUUUUGUCAAUGCUGCUGCAACUGCUGAAUUAUAAUUUAUCAACAAUCUAAUAUGGUUGCUCUUUUUUGCUCUUUGGUUUAAUCUGAAAUCAUGAUUAAGGAAAAUUAGUGUAAGUUAAUUAGUGAUUUUGAUGCUAUUGAUCAUGUUUUAGAGUGUAAA